UCGCCGCCCACUGCCUGCCUAACGCAGCGUGUUGGCCGCUCCACCACACGUAGGAGGAAAGGAGCCGGAGAAGCCCAGCCAGCCUCCUCGCCGCCAGCGAGCCGCCGUGCAAUGCCGCAAUAGGAUGCACGCACGAAUGCCCCCAAGGUGCCACCCUCCCUCCAUCCACCUCGCCGUAUAACCCAAUCCAAUCGAUCCGUUUGUGGGACUUGGUUGAUCCCGUUCGUCUCCAGAUCAGGUCAGCUAGGAUUUGUCAGGCUGGUGAAAGCUGAAGGUGAUUCAGGCGUGCUCGUGUUGGAAGAGGCAAAUUGUCUAGUGACAAAGUCACACCACAGCGUCGUCCCGGAUUCAUUUGCUCAGUUCUGAGUUCUGAUGAGAGUGGUGGGUUGCAGACUGGUUUCAUUCAACUCUUCUGUGUUCCGAUUUCCGAAGCACGAUGGAGAGAGGGGCUCUGUCUUCUCUAACACCGCUGAUGGUCUCGGUGUUGACGGCUAGUAUUCUUCUCUGAGUCUGAACCAGUCUGUAGAUACACCAUCAUCAAAAGUCAGGCUUUGUGCUUAUAUAAUGGAAGACAGGAGUGUUUUGACCAAACGUUAUGAAAUAGGGAGGCAAUUAGGACAAGGCACCUUUGCAAAGGUUUACUAUGCUCGCAACAUAGCAAAUGGUCAGUCUGUUGCCAUAAAAAUGAUCGAUAAGGACAAGAUCUUGAAGGUUGGUCUUGUGGAUCAGCUAAAGAGGGAGAUCUCGAUAAUGAGGAUCGUGAGGCACCCGAAUGUUCUGCAGCUCUUUGAGGUAAUGGCUACCAGGAGCAAGAUUUACUUUGUUCUGGAGUACGCUAAAGGCGGUGAGCUUUUCAACAAAUUAGCCAAGGGGAAGCUUAGCGAGGAGGGCGCGAGGAAAUAUUUUCAUCAGUUGAUCUCUGCUAUAGAUUAUUGCCACAGUAGGGGUGUUUAUCAUCGUGACUUGAAGCCGGAAAACCUACUGGUGGAUGAGUAUGAAACCCUUAGGGUCUCUGAUUUCGGUUUAAGUGCGCUAACCAAGUCAAAGUGGCGAGAUGGUCUGCUCCACACCGCAUGCGGAACUCCAGCUUACGUUGCUCCUGAAGUGCUCAGCAGGAAAGGCUACAACGGUGCAAAGGCAGAUGUGUGGUCUUGCGGAGUAAUUCUGUUUGUUCUUGUGGCCGGUUAUCUUCCUUUUCAUGAAAGAAAUCUUAUUGAGUUGUAUAGAAAGAUUGCUAAAGCUGAGUACAGAUGCCCUCGUUAUUUUUCCACUGAGCUGAAGGAGCUCCUUAGUGGAAUCCUUGAUCCAGAUCCUAAUACUAGAAUGUCCAUCACAAGGAUAAAGAGAAGUCCUUGGUAUAGGAAGCCGGUUGAGAGAACACCACCGAAAAAAGACAAGACUUACACGAGUGAAGCUGAUGCGUCUGGCCUUGCAUGUCGCAACAGUUCCGAUGGACCGUUGAGCAUGAAUGCGUUUAAUAUCAUUUCCCUCUCUCCGGGGUUCGAUCUAUCUGGUUUAUUCGAUGAAAGAUAUAGUCAAAGGGAGGCCCGGUUUGCUUGCAAACAGACGCCAGCAACUGUAAUUGUGAAGCUGAAGGAAAUGGCCCAACGCAUGAAGCUUAAAGUUACAAAGAAAGACAAUGGAGCGUUGAAAUUGGCGGCGCCGAGGGAAGGAAAGAAGGGUACUCUUGAGUUUGAUGCAGAAAUCUUUGAGCUCGCAUCCUCUUUUCUCUUAGUCGAGUUAAAGAAGACCAACGGUGACACCAUGGAGUACCAGAAACUGCUGAAAGAGGACAUUAGGCCAUCACUCAAUGACAUUGCUUGGGGAUGGCACGGCGAUGUUCAGCAGCAGGCACAGCUACCCCAGGAUCGACAGUGGCCGCCGCAGCAGCAGCAGCAGGCACAGCUACCUCAGGAUCGACAAUGGCCGCCGCCGCUCCCACCACAGCGGUUAGAAGCUUUAGCCGCAAAUGCUUUCUCCCCACUGCCACAAUAAUCUAACUGAAAUCGCUAUCGAACAUUCACAUAUUUCAUGGUGAGACCCAGAACCAAAUUUGCUUGUGGUUCCUAUGAGCAUUCUCUUAGACUAGUAAAUGUGCUUGUAGUUCUCACCUAGAUGUCUAUCAUUGUUGGAAACGAAAGCACAGUUGUUGCCCAUUUCUGUAAAAUUGUUUUUGAAUAUACAGAAAUGGUGCCUCUCCAGAUUGUCAUCGCUGCAGAGAACAGUGCUUUGUAAUUUUGGGUAUAAUGGUGGAUGCAUUUAAGUUCUGUAGGAUUCUCAUAUUGAGUUGUUUUAUUAUUACAGAAAUACAUCUCCUUCUGGUAAUAUAUGACUGUUGCGAUUUGUGAA